AUGGAAGAACUCAAAUUCCACAACAUAAUCAACGACACCCUCCGCUCCUCCCCCACCACCCACACCGUCACCGACCCACGAACCGAAUCCCCCCUCUGGCCUUGCCCCAUUGCCUCCGCCCAAGACUUCGAAGACGCCGUCACCGCCGCCCAAACCGCCUUCAAAACCUGGAAGCUCACCUCCCUCUCCGAGCGCCAAACGCUCCUCACAAAGCUCGCCUCCAACCUCGAAGACCACCUCCCGCUCCUCUCCCAGAUCCUCGCCCGCGAAUCCGGCAAAUCCCUCCUCCUCUCCGAGCUCGACGUCCGCGGCGCCAUCGCCCAAUGCCAGCACUACGCCCAACCGGAAAAUGCCUUGUCCGAUUACGUCCAGCACGAAGACUCUUCAUGGAAAAUCAUCGCCACGCACGUUCCCCUAGGCGUAGUAGCCGCCAUCUGCCCGUGGAAUUUCCCCCUGAUCCUGUCCAACAUCAAAGUCGUUUCGUCGCUGGUCACCGGGAACUGCGUGAUCGUCAAGCCCUCGCCCUUCACGCCCUACGCCGUGUUAAAAUGGAUCGAGCUCGCUCGCGGCAUCUUGCCGCCUGGUGUCCUGCAGGUCCUUAACGGGGGAGCUGAUCUAGGGCAAAUGAUGACCCUCCACCCGGGCAUCGCCAAGGUCAGUUUCACGGGCACUAUAGCCGUCGGCAAAGCAGUCAUGGCUGCGUGCGCCAAGACGCUGAAAAAGGUCACGCUGGAGCUGGCGGGGAAUGAUGCCUGCAUCGUUUGCGCGGAUGCAGACUUGCCAAAAGCCGUGAAGAGCGUGGCGAGCGGUGCGUUUUUUAAUGCGGGACAGGUAUGUGUGGCUACCAAGAGGGUGUAUGUGCAUGAGAGCGUGUACGAGGAGUUUAUAACAAAAUUGGUGGAGGAGGUGAAGGGGAGUUAUACGGUGGUGGAGGAUGCGAGUGUGCCGAGUGUGUUUGGGCCGGUGAGCAAUAAGGUGCAGUUUGACACGGUGAAGAGGAUCGUGGAGGAUUGUAAGGGGAGGGGGUAUGAGAUUGUUGCCGGGGGUGAGGUGAGAGAGAGUGGGAAUGCGGAGGGGCAGAAGGGGUUUUGGUUGGAGCCGACGAUCGUUAAGGGACCGCCGGAGGAUUCGGUGUUGGUUAAGGAGGAACAGUUUGGACCUAUCCUCCCUGUGCUGAGCUGGUCUGACGAAGACGAUGCCAUUGACCGUUCCAACUUGGCCAACGCCGGGCUUGGAGCUUCGGUCUACUCAUCCGAUCUGGCUCAAGCUGAACGGAUUGCUCGUCGUCUGGAAGCCGGGGGUGUCUGGAUCAACCAGUUUGAGAGACCACACAUGGGCGCCUACUUCUCCGGCUUCAAGGACAGUGGUUUUGGCGGCGAGAUGGGCAAGCAAGGUCUCCUGUCCUACUCUUAUACCCAGAGUAUUCAUUUUGCGAAGUGA